AGACACCUAUACAAUGCUACCUUCAUCUUGUUUUGGUUGUGUUACAUACUAACCAUAACAUUUAUUUGUGGAUAUGCAUACUGAUUUAUAUUACCAAAAGUGUUUAAAACAUGGAUUGUAUAUUCAAACAUGAGCGUACAAAAAACGCUGCAAGUACAAAUGUUAAUAAAUAUCCAAUAUUUAAUCGUCAAAAGAAACAAACAAAAUGAUGACGAUUCGUAAAAAACUUCUUAUCAUUUUUUCAAUAGGUUUAGUAUUAACAAUUAUUGGAUUAACUACUGGAAUUCUUUGGUUUAUGAUUUAUUCAUCGAUUUUAAACACGCAAUUAUCUUUAACACCAACGUCUACAAGUUACAAGCUGUGGGAAAUAACACCAAUUCCUAUGUAUCUGAAAAUAUACAUGUUCAAUUUAACUAACUAUGAAGAUUUCAUUUCAAAUAAUGAAUCUAAAGCAAAACCAAAUUUUGUGGAAAUGGGUCCUUAUGUAUUUAGGGAAGUUGAUUAUAAGGUAGAACAAAAAUGGCAUAACAAUGAUACUAUAACAUAUCAAAGGAAAAGGGUAUGGCAUUUUGAUAAAUCUCUAUCAAAAGGAGAUUUAAAUGAUAAAGUAACUAAUAUAAAUCCUGUAACUGCUAGUGUCGGAUAUGCAUUAAGACAUAAAAAACCUAUUCUCCGUGAUAUAGUAGAUAGAGUAAUGAAAUCAGUAGGACAACAGUUAAUAAUUACCAAAUCUGUUAAUGAAUUACUUUUUGAAGGCUAUGAAGAUACUAUAUUAAAAAUAGCACAAAAAAUUAAUUUCACAGAAAUUCCAUUUACCAAAUUUGGUUGGUUUUAUGGGCGAAAUGGUUCUGCAUCCUAUGAUGGAACAUUCAAUAUGUUAACUGGUAAUUCUAAUUUACUCGAUGUAGGAAUAGUCAAAGAAUGGAAUUUUAAUAACAGAGUAAGUUAUUAUCCUGGAGAAUGUGGAGAAAUAAGAGGAACAAAUGGUGAUUUGUGGCCACCAUUACCUGAUAAUAAAACUUUAUCUUUCUUUGUAUCUGAUAUUUGCACGAGUAUGUCAGUAACAUAUGAUAAUACAACUGUUCAUGAAGGAUUAAUAGGAGCUAGAUAUAUUAGUGACUAUACAACAUUCGACAAUGGUUCAAUAGUACCAUCGCGUUCGUGUUAUUGCGAGGGAGAAUGUGUUCCCUCUGGAGCACUAAAUAUUUCAUUAUGCAAAUGGGGUGCUCCAGCAUUCAUCAGUUUACCACACUUCUAUUUGGCUGAUCCAAGUUACAGGGAAAAUAUCAAUGGAAUGAAACCUAGUAAAGAAAAACACGAACUUUCAAUAUCCAUAGAACCGAAAACGGGCGUUCCACUGAACGUGCAUGCACAACUACAACUAAAUUUGUUGAUGCAACCUGACCAUGAGAUGUCCAUGUUUAAGAAUAUUAAGAAAACAUUUAUACCAAUGUUAUGGUUUACUCAAGAAGCUUAUCUGACAAGUAAUUAUGCUUAUAUAAUUAAAUUUAUCAUUAUUUUGGAAUCUCUGGGCAGCAUAACUUGUUAUGGUAUUGCCUGUAUUGGCAUUUUAAUUAUUUCUACCGGCAUAUUUUUGUACAUUAAGCAUGGUUUGGGUGAAGAAGAAAAUCAAGUUUUAUUGUCAAGCAAAUCUAAUGAAAAUGAUGAUAUUGGUACUGUUAAUGAAUGAUUAAUUAUAUUUGCAAGCAUAUGAUUAGAUUAUAUGGAAAGGUAUAAUCAAUGUCUACCAAAUAAGAAACAAAAACCAUUUUCGAAAUCUUAGAGUGUAUAAUAAUUAUGUAUGUAGAUUACAAAUCUUACUGUAUAUCUUCUGAUUGAAAUUGAUAUAACAAAAUUGAAGAUAACAUCAAGUUGAUUGUAAACAAAAUUGUAUUCAUACAAAGUUAGUGCAUUGUUCAAACAGUUUAUAAAUAUGCUUUUAAAAUGUAACUAUAACGGUAAUCAAGUGCCUCAGUGCUUUAAUGACAACAAACGUUAGAAAUAGCGGAAAAUACAAUAGAUACCUCGAAUGCUUAAAAGUGAGAUGCAUAUAAUAGCAAAUCAAUAUUAAUAUAAGUUUCCUUUCGUAAGCGAGGGAUAGAAAUAUAUUCCCAAUCUCCUGUAUAAUAUUUUUUUAGUACCUAUUCAAAAUAUGUAUUAUAUUGUAGGUAUGUAUAUAUUUUUAUCUAUGAAAUCCGAAGAAAUAAUGAGUAUUAGAAUCACAUUCAUUAAAUUCAGUUCAUGUUAAUGUUCAUAUAAUUAAAGUUAUAGCAAUUACAAUAUCGUUACAGCUGUGAUAACUACAGUUUCGUUUCAUUAGAAUAAGAAUUGUUAGAAAAUAAAAGACAUUACUUUUAUACAAUACAUUGUUGAAAGUAAAUUAUAUAUAUGUAUGUA